AUGUUCGGUGAAUCUGACUCGGAGAGUCCACGGGUGCCCUCCCCAUGGGACACACUCACUUCCGUACCUCCAACACCCACACAUAAUGAAAUCCUUCGACGAGGAAUACCGCAGCUAGUUCCAGAAAACGAAGAGGGUAAUGUAGAGUACAAACUUCAUCUCCUUUCUCCUUCCCCCUCUCGCUUUACCCGCCUCGUCACACAACUCAAAUGGCGCCUUCUAGAAGGCGGUGGACAGGCGUACUAUGAGCUUGGUGUUGCCGACUCUGGCGUACUCAUAGGGCUGGAGAGGCGGGAGAUGGAGGAAACAUUGGGUACCCUAGAAGAGAUGGCUGGCGAGAUUGGUGCUAGCGUUAUAGUGGUGAAGGAGAUUGAGGUGCCAGCGGAGGUGAGCGGAGUUGUCGAAAGCUGGGGCGGGGAUGAAAGCAGGCGAAGGAGACGGAGGCAAAUGAUAAAUGAGGACUCAGAGACGACAGCGACUACGGAGACCGAACUGGAGACUACCGAUGCGGACGAUGAUUUUUCAACAACAAGCAGCCACGUGGAAGUGUUUUGCAUGGAAAAUGAGGAAGUUGACUCGUUAUCAGACUGUGCGGCACUUACCCUGGACCUCGAGAUUGCGACCGUGUAUAAACCUCGCCCAUUCCGCCGCCGUGUUGCGAGCACCAUGCCAGGCCACUCGGAUAGGCGCAAAGGCAAGGGCAAGAAACCUAAGCAUUUGCUUGUGCACACCCACCCUGUACACUCAACUGAAAUGCAAGCCCACUCAAUGACUGGUAGCAAGCAAUCCAAGCGCCGUGCAGCCAGAGACAAGCGACGUGAGGCCAAGCGUGAUCCUCAUCCAACCAUUAACACUGAGGAAAUGGGCGAGCUGGUUUCAGGCCUAGAAUCCUUUCAUGUCACACUUGAGCCUGAAGGCCUGUGCGUGGCAUUCGUGCCUCCCGAAAUCGAGUCCUCAGUGCAUGACAACGCUCAAAUUAUCGAAGUAUGCUCUGGGUCACCCUCUUCUAUUUUUGCGGAAACAUAUUGUCAGCCCCAACCCGUUGCAAACGAGUUGGCCUCCCCACCUGAGAUCACGCUGACUCCGUCCAAAUCUCCUACUUCUGAGAUCGAGACGGCACUGUCAGAACCUCGGCUCAUCGUCGAGGCGCUUGUUGUUCGAAAAAUGUCACUGGAAGAGGCAUUUUUAGACUUUGGAGGAUUUUCAGCGUGUUGA